AUGCUGCUGUGGCUGACUCUCGCCCUCCUGUGGAGCACCACCUGCUGGGCAAAGCAGAUGUAUGGGGAAGGAGGAGGCAAAUAUUUCAGCACCUCCAGCGACUGUGAAAUCACCGGAAUCCGGGUGGCUGUGGGUCUCCUGGGCCUGGUGAAGAGUAUCCAGGUGAGAUGUGGCGUGUCCUGGAGCACAGUGUUCGGCGCCCCAGGUGGGACUACCCAGGAAUUCAUCCUGCAGCCAAGAGAACACAUCCAAAUGAUCUAUGGCUCCUACAGGGUGUUUAUCCGGUCCCUGAUCAUAUCCACAGAUCAAGGGCGCUAUGCCACGUUUGGGAAGGAAAGUGGCAACACCUUCAUCGUCUCCCCCAGUGAGGACGGGAAGGUGCUCACGGGAAUCUGUGGCCAGCAUAAGCUUUUAGGCCUUUCGGGCCUCUGCUUUGAGUGGGACUACCCUCCAGAGGAUGAGGAGUGGACCACUGAACCAAACAGCACUAGAGACACGCAGUGCUCCAGCUGA